AUGAGUUACAACUACGAGCUAUGCUUUUGGGAUCCCAAUGAUGAUGGGGUCAACAUUUUGCUGGAACAUAUAUCUGAAGGAAUCAAAUCAUGUACUUCAAUGGUGAAUUUUUUUAAACAAAGAGGUGAAUUGGAAAAAGAUUAUGCAAGGCGGCUUGGCGCUAUCAAUAGUAAGUUGCGCAAGGAUAUGGAUCAGCAUGCAGAGUAUGGUAAUCUGAGUAAAUCAUUUGAAUUGGCUCUUACAAAUGAAAAAGCUAGGGCUCAAGUGCAUUCAAAACAGAGUGAAGUUAUUUAUAGGCAGAUCCACAGUAAUAUCAAAUCUUUUGCAGAGCAGCUACAAGCUAGAUACACUACACUUAGUGGGAAAGUGGAAAGGCUGAGAGUAGAUAAAUAUAAUAAGAAAGUUGGUUGUGAAAAUUUAGAGAAAAGGCUACAGGAAGCUCAGGUGAGAGCUAGAGAUCUACAGCUGAACGCUGAUAAUCUCAUUGGCGCUAAAAGGAAUGAACAUAACCAGAAGGAGUUGACCAAAUGGGAGACCACAGCGAAGGAGGUGGGAUUAAAGCUAGAUGUUUUAAGACAGGAGCACAAGGCAUCACAAAAGUACUGGUUUAGAGAAUGGGCAAAUGUGACUAGAGAUCUCCAGGAGCUAGAUACCACUAGAAUUUCAUUUUUAAAAACUAAAUUGCAGCAAUAUGCCGAAAUUACUAUAGAAACUAGUGUUUUGGAACAAACAAGAAUGGAUGCACUCACAAAUCAAUUAGUUACAUACACACCUGGUGAUGAUAUUUCGGAUUUCUCUAGCACUUAUGGGACAGGCAGGUUAAGAGAAAAGCGCAAAAGUCAUCAAAGUGCUACACACUCCCAUAGACAUAUGGAACAUUUAGAUGCCCAUAGAAAAGAUAGUUUUGGAGAUACUUGCAAUACCCAUAACGAUCAUGAUGAUUUUUCAACAUCUAAAUCAAGAAGGUCUUCAUAUAUGGAUAAUCUACGGAGGUUGUCUUCUCAUUUACAGAGUAUAGGAAAUUUGGACGAAUCUAGGGCAAAGAGACAUAGUACGCCACCAGCUAUACAAUAUCAGACUUCACUAGGAAUACCUCAAGAAAGACACCAUGAUGACACACCUCAGCAGGAAGAAGCACCUCAGGAAAAAUUGUGCAAAUCUACCGUUAGAGAAGCCCGUGUAAUUCAACCAUCAUCAGCACCAAGAGACUUGGAUGAUACAGUUCCUCAUUCGAGGUACAUUCCAACACGACUAAGUCCAAUGCCCUUACAUAGGAAAAAGUUAUCAUCGUCAUCAUCAUCAUCAUCACCAAAAGAUUUGGAUGAUACGGUCCCUCAUUCAAGGCACAUUCCAACACGACUAAGUCCAAUGCCCGCACAUACUAAAGAGUUCUCAUCAUCGUCAUCAGCAUCAUCACAGCCAAGAAAUUUGGAUGCUUCGGUUCCUCAUUCAAGCAAUUUUCCAACACGACUAAGUCCGAUGCCCGCAAAUACCAAAGAGUUAUCAUCCUCUUCAUCAGAAUCAUCAUCUAACCCUACAGAUUUUACCACACAUGUCAGGAGCCGUCAUAGUAUGGAUUCAAUGGCAACUUCUGUAAGUUCAUUUGUCAACAGCAUAGACGACUCUCAAAGGUUUGCGAAAUCUUGGAAUUCAUCUAACAGAAAGCGUAAAUCUAUAAGUUAUGUGAAUCAAAAGAGCCCACCACAGAGCCCACCCACACCAACAGCUUAUCAUCACGGCGAUGAUUCUGAGUUACGCUAUGCAUCUCACCGUCAUGACCGUGGCGACGAGCAUCAUCUGGAAAAUGUGAGAAACGUUAGUACAGAUACCACAAUUGUCAAUGCUGAGAUGAAUGCAAGCGCCGGUAGAUCUCGUCGUAAGUCGUUAGUGGUAAAGGAUUCAGUGAAUCCGAUUGAAGAUGCACUUACUGAAAUGCAGAAGAUUAGUAGUAAUGGAUUUGCCGCUUCCGAUGUUAGAGUUGGUCGUAUAAGGGACAAUGGAAUUACAGUUACUUUACCGCUAGUGACAAGCGAUGGUGAGCAUGUGAUCAAAUAUGCUAAAGCUGUCUAUCCAUUAUAUGAAGAGAACGUUCCUGAACUUGCACAAUUCCAGAGGGGAGAUUAUCUACUCAUUACAGGCGAGGUCAACGAUGAGUGGUACAGGGGUGAGGUCUACAGUAACGACUAUGUUAGUCAGGGCAGUAGUUCUGGUUUGAUCCCCCAUAAUUUCAUAAAACCUUUGACUUAA